CGGCAGACAGGAGCCGCAACAGAACCCGUGUUGACCCGAAUCACAGCACGGAGGCUCUGUCUCACAACCGGUUCCGAAUAGAGUUUGAGCUCGAGAAGUUUUCCCAGCACAGGACACAACUUGGAUAUGGCUACCUCCAUUCUUGGGGAAGAGCCUCGGUUUGGAACGACUCCUUUAGCGAUGCUGGCUGCCACCUGCAACAAAAUCGGAAACACAAGCCCUCUCACAACUUUACCCGACUCCAGCGCCUUCUCCAAAGGUGGAUUUCACCCGUGGAAGCGGUCCUCGUCCAGCUGCAACUUGGGUUCGGCUCUGCCCGGCUUCACCGUGGCGACGAGCCGCGCCUCCACCGGACUAACGCCGACGAGCGGCGCCGGCAGCAGCGCCUUCUGCUUGGCCUCCACCUCCCCGACCUCGGCCGCCUUCUCCACCGAGUAUAGCGGCUUGUUCUCCAACAGCAGCGGCGGCGGCGGCGUGGUCUCGGCUCAGGAGUCCGGUCAGUCUGCUUUCAUCUCCAAGGUGCACACCUCAGCGGAGAGCCUCUACCCUCGGGUGGGGAUGGCGCACCCGUACGAGUCGUGGUACAAGUCCGGGUUCCACUCCACCAUCCCCGGCGACGUGGCGAACGGUGCAUCCUCCUGGUGGGACGUCCACACCAACCCCGGGUCGUGGCUUGACGUGCAGAACCCGGCGGGGACACUCCAGGGCUCGCUUCACUCCGGCACCCCCCAGGCUAUCCACUCCCAGCUGAGCGGCUACAACGCGGACUUCUCCUCCCUCACACACUCGGCCUUCAGCUCCACAGGGAUCAGCCCCACCGCGUCUCACCUGCUGUCCACCGGGCAGCACCUGCUGGCCCAGGACGGCUUCAAGACGGUCCUGCCGGCGUACACGGACGCUUCUGCAGCCACCGCCAUGAUUUCAGGCGGCAGCUCGGGGAUAAGUAGUUCCACACGGUCGUCCAGGCGGUACUCCGGCAGGGCCACGUGUGACUGCCCCAACUGCCAGGAGGCCGAACGGCUCGGGCCCGCCGGGGCCAGCCUGCGGAGGAAGGGACUCCACAGCUGCCACAUCCCAGGCUGCGGCAAGGUGUACGGCAAGACGUCACACCUGAAGGCGCACCUGAGGUGGCACACGGGCGAGCGGCCCUUCGUGUGCAACUGGCUCUUCUGCGGCAAGCGCUUCACACGCUCCGACGAGCUGCAGAGACACCUGAGGACCCACACCGGCGAGAAGCGCUUCGCAUGCCCGGUGUGCAACAAGCGCUUCAUGCGGAGCGACCACCUGAGCAAACACAUCAAGACGCACACGGCGGGAGGGGGCGGCAAGAAGGGCAGCGACAGCGACACCGACACCAGCAACCUGGAGACCCCUAGGUCCGAAUCCCCGGACCUUAUUUUGGAAGGGGUCAACCCCAGGAUCACGGUUAAGGACCAGUCCCCUCACGACGAGCCCUGAUGGGGGAGAAAGGAGCCCCAAUGCAAACUGCAAAAAUAAAACAUAAAAACGGGUCUUGUUGAACAUAAGGGAAUAUUCUUCAUCAGUAUUGAAUUGCUGAGGGAAAAAGUGGAGCUGAAGUUGGACAAUGUGAGUUGCAUCUUGUAUAAAAGUAUGUGUUCAUCUCAUCUUCUUGUUGUUUUCAUUCGUGAUGCUGUCCUGGAAAUCAGGGAGUUUACCUUUCAAUGCACUUUGUGGAUAUUCUAUGUAUGUGAGCAGCUUUUUUUGGUUUUGGAAAGUUUUAUUUCUUUGCGAAAAUAUCUAUAUAUAAAUGUUUACCUGUAAAAAUUCACACGUAUAAGACUUUCAUUUUAAAGUCAUUAAAACACAUCCAAAAGGCUGUUAUGGUGUGAUGGAAGAUUUUAUAUUUAUACUUGAUUUAGGUUUUUCCAUUUGUGGUAAUUUUUUUCCUAAAAAUUCUCAUAAUAAAUACACAGAUUUUCUUUUUUAAUUUGAGUAGAAUAAUUGAGUGUUUAAUGUGGCGUUAAAAAGGCAUUUCAUGGCCAAAUGCAAAUGCUGUUGAAUACUAUUAAUUAUGACUUGGAGCGCAUGCACAGCCCCUUGGGUCUUGUAUUUUGAGAUUAGGGAUUCAUGUUUUAUCACAUUUCUAAUCUCAUGAGAUGUUUGUUCACUUUCACCUUUUCAGAGCGGUUUGAUGACAAAGCUCUAUUAUAAUAUUUGCCAAUUGUCUACAUUAUUUGCGGUUGCGGUCAUUUGCGCAGCAAGAAGUCGCAAAAAUGGGAUUUUAAAAUAGCGAGUGGGCAAGGAGUCACAUGUAAAUUAAUGAUUUUAAAAUGUUUUUUUAUCUGGGCUCGGUCCAAUGUUAUUUGAAUAGAAUGAGCUUGAAAUUGAAAAGAUUUAUAAAGGAUGCUUUCUAAAUUCUUUUGUGUUUGUUCAGCAGGGGGAAACGCACGUGGCCUUUUUUUGUUGUGGUGGAUGUUCACUAAAAAUUACAGAGAGGGGCUAAUUUUCGUCAGCAUGUGCGCAUCAGUAAAUGCAAGUUUUUGAUGAAAUAUCGAGAAAAAAUGUUAUAUUUUCAGACAUUUAACUAAAAGACCAAAUAUAAGAAAUAAGUACAAUCAUGUACACAUGUUGGAUAUUUAGAGUAUGAUGUAAAAAAAUAAAUAAAUCCAAUAAUUUCCA